UGAAAAAUGACCGUUUUGAUUACCGGCGGGAUUUCAAAAAUAUCUACUCAACUUGCGGAGGCGGUGCUAAAAAACGGAAGAAAUGUGGUUCUUCUGCACAAUAAUGAGGCGAUUCCAACAAAUCUGAUCAAUAAUCCAUCGCUCACACUUAUCAAUUUAUCAUCAAUCAACGAGGAAGCAAUCAAAAAUCUAAUCGAAAAUUACAAAAUCCAAACAAUUUUCGACGCAUCUCUCACCACAACUGAUGUGCUCUUGGAGCCAAUUCAAGGAGCUAAGAAAUUGAUUCUGGGAAUCACGUCAAUCCUCGAUGCAAUCCGUAAAUCCGCAUCCCCACCAUCUCUGGUUCUCAUUAGUGGUGACGAGGUGUACGGUAGGGCGAAGAAUCGUGUCGAGACCCAACCUCUAGAGCCGGUCACAUUCAUCGGCUCAGCUCAAAUGUCCGUUGAAGCAAUGGCUCACAGCUAUGCUGUCAGUUAUCGUAUUCCAAUGGUCAUCGGAAGGGUAUCCGAUGAUUUAUCGAUUUCUGACGCGACACGUGGAUUAUUGGCAAUUGAAAAGUUGGCACAAAGCCAAAAACCAGCGGAGGUCUACAAUAUUUCGGCUUCUUCAGCUGAAAAAAUUCAGAAAGAAACGAAUUGGAGCCCGUCUGGCUCUGUAAAGGAACAGGGACCCAUCGAAGAAGUUUUUAAGCCAAUUUUCUUAGUUUUCGGAGCUAAUUCGGAACUGAAAACUCAAUUUUUGGAGCUGCUAAAGCUGGAGGGACUGGUUUCCAAGGAAUCCACAAUCACAAAUCUGCAAGAAGCCACUGAUAAAUCGGUUAUCGAUGAGAUUAACACAAUCAAUCCAUCCCAUUUGGUUUAUUUCGGAAAUGAAACCGACUCAUUCGAAGGCGACUGCUUCACUCUCCGUACCAAUAUGGCGACUAAUCUCUAUUUUCCAUGGCUUCUCGCAAGUAUUGCCGAAAAGUUCUCCCUACACUUCACCCAUUUUGGAAAUACUUCUAUGAGCCAAGAGUCUUCAGCUCUUGCCGUUAAAGGAUACACUGGGAAAAUGUUGGAAUAUUUCGAAAAAACGCUCAUAAUUGGACAGAAAAUCGAUAAAAACGUGCUGGAAUCGAUUAAGGCAUGCAAGACUGGAGGACUUAAUAAUAAUAUUUAAUUAUUGAAUUUUUGCAAAUUAUUUUUGAACUUAAAGCAUUCCUUUUUCUGCGAUUUUUUCAAUCAAUAAAUUUUGAAAUUAGU